UUUGCUGUUUUCAACAUGGCAGGCAGCAAGUUGGUGCUAGAAGGGAGGAUAAGUAUUAUAAGCUUUAUCUCGGGGCUGGGCGUUAUUAUUAUACCCUUACUUGUACAGUUUGGCUCUCACAUUGACUGGAUAUUCGAUUACCUCACGGAUGUGAACGGGAAAAUAGCCAUUGCGGUGUAUAUCACAGUUAUCAAUGGCUUCCUGCUAAUCAUAUACAAGGGACCUUUAUACAAGGUGGCUGUUCGAGCCUGCUUUCUUGGAUUUGCCUUUGGAUGUGGCCUCAUUUUAAGUGUGGCAGAAACAACAUGGACACACUUUGGCUGGUAUAUGUGUUCACUGUCAUUUUUUCACUACUCUGAGUACCUGGUUACUGCAAUCAUCAACCCACGCAGUCUGUCAUUAGACUCCUUCCUGCUCAACCAUAGUGUUGAGUACACGGUAGCAGCUGUUUCCUCCUGGGUGGAGUUCACUGUGGAAAUACUCAUUGUUCCAGAGCUGAAGCAGAUAAACUGGAUCUGUGUCGUGGGACUGGUGAUGGUGCUGUGUGGGGACAGCCUGCGCAAAGCUGCCAUGUUGACAGCAGGGUCCAACUUCAACCACAUAGUGCAGAAUGAGAAGGCCCAUAGCCAUGUGCUGGUCACUACUGGAGUUUACUCUCUCUUCCGACAUCCUUCCUAUGUGGGCUGGUUUUACUGGAGCACUGGCACUCAGAUAAUGCUGUGCAAUCCUAUAUGUAUAUUGGGAUAUACGGUCGCCAGCUGGCGGUUCUUUCGAGAGCGGAUUGAGGAGGAGGAGAUCUCGCUCAUCCAUUUCUUUGGAGAGGACUACAUUGAAUACAAAAAGAAGGUCUUUACUGGCUUGCCAUUUAUCUCAGGGAUUAGGGUUAACUCCUAAGGCUGUACUGCAUUCAAGGGAGGAAAUAGCCUGAAAGUGCACACCUGGACACCUCUGACUGGCACUGUGAGCGAGCUAGUUGCCUGGUGGCAUCAUGGCGCGCCCCCUGGGGGCAGCACAGAGACAUGAAGUGGCAGCACAGUAAAACUGACCCUCUGAUCUGUUCUGAGACACAUUGGUCUGCUUCGAGCAGGGUGAAGCUUCUACCCUUAACACCGCGAGAGAAACACUCACACAAACACCACAUUUCUUCAUUUCUGUCUUUUCACCUACUUUCCAUAAUUCUGUUGUCAUCCUACUCCUAUGCUUGUAAUGUCUACAUACAAGUCAUGUGUCAUGUAUCCUCAUACCUUUGUAAUGUACUCUUUGCACAUCACACAUGUAUCAUAUGCUGGCCUCCUGGUUUUAUGGUUAGACACCUUUGAUACCAGUUUGUUACUUCUCAUUUACAUCCAGUUUUUCAAAUUAUUUUUAAAUACUUUGUGCUAAAGCAUUUUCAUUUACAUGAAAGGGAUAAUUUACUGACAAAAUUAAUAUUCUAUUCUUAUUUACUCAAUUUUGUGUUGUUCCAAACCUGUAUGACUUUCUUUCUUCUGUGGAAAAAAAGAUGUUAGGCAGAAUUUUUGGGAAUGACAGCCUCAGUCCCCAUUCACUUUCAUUGUAUGGAAAAAAUAUGCAAUGAAAGUGAAUAGCGACUGAGGCUUUCAUAUCUCCUUUUAUGUUCUACAGAAGAAAGUCAUACAGGUUUGAAACAACAUGAGACUGAGUACAUUUUGGGGUGAACGAUCCCUUUCAAAUGGACCUGAUAGUUAAAAUAUAGAAAUGACAUACUAGAGAUUGUACUUUUGUGUAAAGAUGAGUGACCUUUUACGAUAUUCAGGUGAUAUUUGCGAUAGCCCUAAUGCUGCCAGUUACAAUAGGCCUACAAAAUGUAAAUGCUGAUUUAUGACUGUCUAUAUAUAUGUGAUUUGUUAAUGUUGUUGGACAAUUUUAAUAUUAUGAUUAGAGAAAUAAAUAUUUCUGACAAAUUACAGGCUUAAUUACUCUUUUUAAACUCCAAAGUGAGUGGCAAGAAUAGUUUUUUCUCUACUGGACUUUACAUGGAACAAACAACAUCAACAUUUGUAUUUCCUGGCCCUCACAAUUCAAAAGGUCUGCCAGCAUCCACUCAUGUCCUCAUCUAACUCCUGUCUGUGUCAGAUGCAUUUGUGUCUUUGUCUUCACUCCCACACUCACUUAUUACCAUAUCCUUUUCACUUUCCUUCACACUUGCAUGAUAAUUUAACUCCAAUCCAUCUCUAUGAAAGUGAGAUUCAGAAUGGCAGAGGGAGACUGGAGAGCAUAUGCUGUACCCAAAGUCUUAAUCUUUCAGAUUUUUCAUUUCUGGGAGAAAUGUAACUCCACUUUACUCCUGGCAUGGUGUAGCUUAUAUAGACAUUAGGCAAAGAAUAGGAAUUUCUUGCACACUUUCAACCAAUGAAGAGCACUAUAAAUGCAUACAAGUUAUGGACAUUUUAACACAUGCAAUAGGUUUUUAUAACACGAGCAGCACUACGCUUGUGCAAUGCUAUGUGAAAAAUUGGGACAUUG